GCAACACGGGCCGAUCAGUGGCUUCGCAGCCUCCCCACUCACACGCCGCACGUCCAGCACAUCAGCUGCUCUCCGCCCGACGGUCCUGCUGGAUUUACCCGCUGAACAAAGGAAGAGUACGAGCAGCCGCUAGAUCCCGGCAAGGUAGGCACCGUCCACGCCUCGGCCACCGGCACACCACCCCUCUCACACACGUCCGACUCUAUUCUGCGCGUGUUUAUGGCGAUAACCCUGAGAUGGUCCUAUUUUUGAAAAAAAAAAAAAAAAAAAAAAAAACAUCAUCCAGAGGAAUUUGACACAGGCGUGACGCUCGCUAGAAAACAGUCAUUUGUGUUGGAUGUUUGAUUGUGUUUGAUCACAGUUUACGCGUGGAAUACUCUGUAUAUACCCAGUGUGCACGUCUGCUUUUAUAUAAUCUAAGAGUACAUGCUGCCAAAUUUACUAUGAGGAAGUCUAUUGUGUCUGUUGCCCAACUGAUCUGAAGCCUACGUUCAGGCGGAUAGAUCGGAUCAUUCACAUUUUUUCCCCCUUCUCCCCUCCCGUGGAAGAUAACGACGUUUGACCUCUGAGGUGUUUAUUGUCAUUGAAUUUAGACAUUAGUAUGAGUGAGCGCCUCCGUCGAGGAGAACCACCUACACAGGUAGAUAGGGACGUGGGCUGUUGUCUGUUAUAUAUUUUAUACGACCCACUUUUCCUGGAAAAAAAAGAGUCGCACUAACAGCAGUGAUUUAUAUCUUUAUCAGAAGGAGGAGUGGAGGCCCGUGUGGUGCUUUCAAAGGCCCAGGGCAGGCGGAUACUUGGCCGCAUGUGUAUGUUGCUUUAUGUGGGAAUCGAAUGAAAUAGGUGGUAAAACAAGUCACGGCUCUCACUUGAUGUCAUUUAAAGCUGUGUGGGCUAUAUUCUACAAUCUUUAUUAGAUGAUAAGGAAAAAAUGACUGGCUUCUCUCUCUCUUUUUUUUUUUAAUGGCAGAAAUGUGACCAAGAAGAUUGACUCCUUAUAGAAAGUAGUGUUAUAUAACAAAGGUUUGAUAAAGGACAGACUGUGCUACAGAAUUAGAUACGAGCCUUUUUGUGCCUCACCUUUUUUAUCCAUACGUUCUGCUUGCCUGGAAUUGAAUUUUAAACAUUCGGAUUCAAAACGCGCAAAGUUUCCACAGAAGUGGACGUCUCAUCCAGGGGGGGGGCAUGUCACAUUAUAGACCUGCAAUCUGUUAUCACGUUUGUUGUCGCCUCACGUUCAGUGAAUCUGCAAAUCUCUGACCCACCCUCCCCUGUAACAAUAAGAUCCGAAGGUGGUCAUCCUGAGACAAAGAACAAGGGAGCAAUUAACUCUUCUGCCCUCAGAUUUCACAGGAAGAGAGAGACAUGCCAGGCGCUAACCAUACAAACGCCCGAAAUAAUCCAUGCUCUGAAAAGGCAGUUCUCACUUCCUCCGAGCACUAAUCACUGAGGAAACAUGUUGAAGAUCCCACAAGCAAUUAAGCCUCAGCGAAGAGCAGUUGGUUGCAGCUUGUUGUCCACGAGACAUCCUUCUGUCGAGAAGGAGCGGUGCCGGUCUUCCAUUUUGUUAAAUGUUUUUGUUCUUUCCUUGGCCCACAAGUGUCCGUUGCGUUGAUGGGAGGUCCGCAGUCUGUUGAGGUGCUUCGGUCGCCAUGGUGGCAGACUCCUGCCCCCCCUCCUGAAUAAACAAGCUAACAAUGUUUAUGAAUGAGUGUGGUGGUGGCAGCUGGCGAGCCGGGGUGGAAGGCGAAGACUCGAAUGCAAAAUGCAGAAAUGAGUCUGCGGGUGGCACCGUGACGUGGAGGGUUACAGUCAUCUGCAGAGACCAAAACCCAAAAAGCCCUGACGCAUGCGAGAGCGGCACGGGAUGGCGCGGGGGUUCGCUUCUGAUGGCGGCUAGCCUGUGUUUACUGGCUCAGGUGUUGCAUCUGCAAAACAAACAGGUCGUUGUGGUCUCAACAACUGUGGCCUCGCUGCCACCAUCUGCUCCGGGUGCUCUGAUGUCUUUCUGUCUUUAGGUCAGGUCUGCUUGGCUGGAGGUGCACCGCGCUUUACAUGUUUUUUCUUCUUUCAUCCCGACGAACACGACGCGGUGUUUGCUCGCGGACACUCCAGUUUGUCAUUUUGGCUACGGGGCUCACAUUUGCUGUCUGGCUUCUGUUUCUCAUUUGAAUGUCAGUGAUGGUCAGUGCUAGUUAGAGCCUGCAGCUGAGGAUGUCUGCUACAGAUUCGGACAACUCCAUUGACUGGCUGGCUAGCGACAAUGAGGAAAACGAGAGCGAACCGGAGUCUGACUGUACCAGAGAGCGCAGCCAGACGGAGGCCCCUCCAUCCCUCGGCGCCCCUCCGCACCUGGGCCCAUCAGACAGCAGCAGCGGCGGCGGCAGCAGCACCCGCCGCCGGAGCAGCGAGAUGAGGGAGGGCGGCGGUAACUGGAGCGCGGUCAGGGAGGUCUCCGGCCUGGGAUCUCCCGGCUGCGCGGAGAAAUGGGGCAGAGGCGCCACCGCCGGGCUGUGUAAAACGCAGCAAGGAGAAAAAAUGACUGGCAAAAACACUCAACAGGCACUGAAGAGACCUCACAGCUCCGCAGAGGAGGAGCGCAAGGAACGGCAGCUCAUCUCCGACGCGUCGGAGAAAGACCGAAUUUUCAGCAGAAAGUGCUUGGAGCUACAAUGCUACAUUCAUCCACUGUCAGCAAUCUUGAAUGGCCUUCGUUCAGGGAGAUACAAAGAAAGACUCAGCAGUUUCCAGGAGAGUGUGGCCAUGGACAGGAUUCAGAGGAUUAUGGGUGUCCUGCAAAACCCCUGCAUGGGGGAGAAAUAUAUUAAUAUCAUUCUUAAAAUGGAGGAAAUGCUGAAGAGCUGGUUUCCUAAUGUAAAACUCCAAGAUCAACUCGCCGUCGCCCAGACAGAAGAACCUGUGCCCACAAAGAAACCGAAGCUUUCUCCGGCGGCCCCCACCGCAGCAGCGAGCCCCGUCACCGUCAGUGAUCCUCCGGCCGGCGCCAAAGCCCUGAGAGUCACAGACCUCACUCCUCCCGGAGCCUACUCCGCCAAUAACCUGAAGUGGCUCCACACAUCUCCCAUCUGCUCCCCCACAGCAGAGCAGGCCCAGGCUGGUCCCAGGCACCUGCUAUCCCCCAGAGACAGAGACCUAACGCAGGACAGCGCUGUGUCCUCCAGCACGGACAGCCACACUAAGACGAACUCGGUGCCCAGGGGCCCGCCGCCGGGCAAAAUCAACGCGCCCUGUCUAGAGAGGCUCCUCAAAUCAACGGACAGCAUCAUCACGCGCAAGGGGACGGGAGGCUUGAUGGACAGCAGCUGGUCCUAGUCCACGCAGAGGGCCGGGCGUCCCGCUGUAAGCGGCGCGCAGCCCGGCCUCGCCUUGCCCACCCUGCCGGGAGCCAGUCAGCUCGCUCAGCUCAUUCCAGCCUUCAGGGGAGACGGGAGCCUUCAAAAGGGAUGUCACAGAUUCCUCUGCGACGUGGGAGGAGGUGUCGAAGAACAUGUUGUACUCUCUGUAUGGCAAUGUGCCCUCUCUGACAUGACAAGUGUCUGCUUUAGUUCCCUUUUGUUGACUUUCUUUCUUUUUUUUUUUUCUUUUUUUUGUUUGCACUCUUGAGUAGCGCGUGUGAGAGUUGGAAGGAUAGAUUUUACAUGCCAAGACGACCGGAGCAAGUAUUUUCACCCCUGAAUGGUUCCCACUGGCUUGUAGAUGUAACGGUGCAGCUUGAGCAUCUGUGAAACUGCCAUUAUGCCUGAAAGGGAAAGAACUGCAGGAGAAGCUUGUGCUGGAAGGAGGUAUAUCCAGAUAUCCAGACAUGUCAGUGGUCUACAUAUUGUGCUGAAAAUGUGGGUGAAAUGUGACGUCGACUACCCCCACGAUCCGCCCCGCCCCCGCCCCACCCGAUGACUCCACUCUUUAAGUUUAUCGAUGUGACUGUUACUCAUUUGUAUUCUUUAUAAAUAAGUCUUUUUGGUACAACUGUUCUACCUCAGUGAGCACCAAGUCACGGUUAGUGAGUAGGAAUGUGAACACUAUGCUCAAAAGCUCUGGACACCUCACCAGAUCCGCACUGAGCCAAACGGCCUCUUACAGCGAGGUCCGCAGUGCAAGUCGCCCUGCUUGUACAAACAGAGGAUGCUCUCUCCAUGGGGGACGCUCUCGUGGCCUGACUGGUGCCAUUGUAAAGAAUGUCAACCGCAGAUUUCUUUUCUGAGUCUCCCAGUAGAAGGCAAACAGUGCCUGUAACGUCAAGCUGUGCCUGUAAGCCGGUUUCAUACAGAGAGAGAACCGUUUAGAGUACCUGCUCCUCCGUGGGAUGUACAAAUCAGGAAUUCUCACUCUCCUGCCAUUUUCCUGUAUUGAUUAAAUUAUUCAGAUCUUGCCAACUACUUUCUGUGGUGGAGUAGAACAAUUACUAUUUUAUUUUGCCACAGAACUGGACAGUAUGCUAGACCAGCAGAGAGGGACAAGGUAUUUUGUCUGUGUAAAUCCUACAGAAAGGUUGUCAACUUACCCUGAAAAGUGGCCUUUAUAGUGUGAAAUUUUAUACUUUCGAAAUAAAUGUGGUUAUAUUUGUUUGAUGCAA